ACCACGAAUCAGCCCCCUUAAGGAUGCCAUGCAUCAUGUUGUUUCAAAGACUGACAAAACAUUCAAAUUAGAUGUGAAGUAUAUCAAUGCAGUGAAAGGACGUGGUCUAUUUGCAAAGGGUGACUUUUGCAAAGGUGAUUUUGUUGUUGAGUACAGGGGAGAUAUGAUAAAUGAUGCAGAACUGCAGAGAAGAAGAAAACGUUACCACGCAUCCUGUGCUGCAUUUAUGUUUGAUUUCAAGUGGCGAGGGAAAACAUGGUGUAUUGAUGCGUCAAGAGAAGAUGGAUCGUAUGGGCGGAUCGUUAAUGAUUGUCACAAACAUCCAAAUUGUAAGAUGAAGAAAAUUGACGUCAAUGGAAAGCCUCACCUUUGUCUGUUUGCCCUGGAUGACAUUAAAGAAGGAGAAGAAAUUGCCUAUGAUUAUGGAGGAGAAAACUACCCAUGGAGAACACAAAUGACCAGCGCUCCUGUUAAUACCAGCACAGCGAGUAACUCUGAUCCUUCUCUCCAGUCAGAGACUCAGAUGGAUGAUGAAUCUGCUCAAAUCAACUCUCCUCAACAGAUGACCAGCGCUCCUGUUAAUACCAGCACAGCGAGUAACUCUGAUCCUUCUCUCCAGUCAGAGACUCAGAUGGAUGAUGAAUCUGCUCAAAUCAACUCUCCUCAACAGAUGACCAGCGCUCCUGUUAAUACCAGCACAGCGAGUAACUCUGAUCCUUCUCUCCAGUCAGAGACUCAGAUGGAUGAUGAAUCUGCUCAAAUCAACUCUCCUCAACAGAUGACCAGCGCUCCUGUUAAUACCAGCACAGCGAGUAACUCUGAUCCUUCUCUCCAGUCAGAGACUCAGAUGGAUGAUGAAUCUGCUCAAAUCAACUCUCCUCAACAGAUGACCAGCGCUCCUGUUAAUACCAGCACAGCGAGUAACUCUGAUCCUUCUCUCCAGUCAGAGACUCAGAUGGAUGAUGAAUCUGCUCAAAUCAACUCUCCUCAACAGAUUGUGAUACAGCUCCGAAAUGAAAAUGACAUUUUUGUACCAAGACUGAGACGGACUAAAAGUAUCAUGAUGAAAGACAUGGAUCUUCAAGAUUCUGGUGAGCUCUUUGAUUCUACACCAGAGAGUUCAGAUAAUUAUGUCCCAGAUACCACUUCCAACAGUGACAGUGACAGUGAUGUUAGCCUUACACUGAACCCAACAAAGCAUCAGCUUCUUGAUGAACUGGAUAUGAAUGAAUCUGCCUCUGUAAGCUCCCCUGACUGUGACACAACAACGUCAGACAAAAUGCACAGCCUUACAUCUAAAACAUCUGAAACAGUAGAAGAGCCCAGUUCAGACUGCGUAUUUGUUAAUGCAUACCAAAAAAGAGAUGGCGGUAGAGUGUAUAACAAGAGACAUUACUGCUUGUAUUGCUCCAAACCUUACGCUAAGAUGGCAAGGCAUCUAGAAAGUUCACAUGCAAAUACAUCUGAUGUGGCUAGAGCUCUAAGCUUUCCAAAAGGUUCAAAAGAGAGAAAAAAACAGCUGGAUUAUAUUCGCAACAAAGGGAACUAUGCCCACAAUGCUGCUGUUAUGGAAUCAGGAAAGGGGGAACUGGUGCCAUUUAAACGACCACCUAAAAAAGCGCAGGGAGAGGAUUUUAUGCAUUGUGCGUACUGUCAAGGACUUUUUACAAGAAAGGUCCUGUGGCGUCAUAUGCGUUCUUGUAGACUUAAACCUCAGUCAGUCCCCCCCAAACCAGGAAAAAACCGUGUUCAGUCCAUGUGUACAUACACAGGUCCUGUGCCUUCAAACAUGACCAAACAACUGUGGGGAGUAAUCAGUGCCAUGACUCCUGACCCAAUCACAGAUAUAAUAAAAAAUGACAGAGUAAUUACUGAAAUUGGGCAGCACUUGUUGAACAAAGGAGGGCUAUCAGCCAAAAAUAAACAGUAUGUGCGGGAGAAGAUGCGAGAAUUGGGAAGGUUGAUUCACAAGGCGAGGAGAGUCACCUCGUUAAAAACGAUGGAAGAUUGUGUAAAUCCAAAGAAGUACAUGGAGACUGUCAAAGCUGUGAAGUAUACGUGUGGGUAUGACAGUGAAACGGACAAGUUCAUGAUUCCAUCGCUUGCAAACAAGCUUGGGAAUUCCCUGGUUAAAGUGAGCAAACUCUUAAAAGCUCAGGGAUUAAUCUCAAAUGACAAACAGCUUGUAAAGAACGCCAGUGAGUUUCUAGAAGUCCAUGAGAGCAAGUGGAACGAGAUGAUCUCGGCUACAGCAUUGAGGAACAUCAGUGAAGCAAAGUGGAAUGUGCCCACUAUCAUGCCCUUUACCGAAGACGUCCAGAAAAUGCAUACUUAUCUCAGUGAAGUGCAAGACAAGUGGUUCAAAACACUCUCUGAAAGUCCCUCUACUAAAGCCUGGAUGGAUCUGGCAAAGGUGUGUCUAGCCCAGAUGAUUCUCUUUAACCGCCGCAGGGAAGGAGAGGUUUCGAGCAUGCCUUUGUCUGCAUUUCUAUCAAGAGACACUUCUGAUCCACAUGAAGAUGUGGACUGGGCACUCUCUGAAGUGGAAAAAAAACUCUGCAGACACUUCACAAGGGUUAUCACAAGGGGAAAGCGUGGUCGACCAGUUCCAAUUCUUCUGACUCCAAAAAUGCUAUCUGCCUUAGAAAUCCUUGUUAAGCAGAGAGAGGCUUGUGGGGUUCUGAAAGACAAUCCCUAUUUGUUUGCAAGACCAGAAGCCAUGACACAUUUUCGAGGGUCAGACUGCCUCCGUGGCUUUGCUUAGGUGUGUGGCGCAAAGUGUCCCAAGUCACUGACAUCUACAAGACUGCGAAAGCAUGCCGCAACACUUUCAACCGUGCUGAAUAUGACUGACACAGAGAUGGACCAGCUGGCAAACUUUCUUGGACACGACAUAAGAAUCCAUCGUGAGUUCUAUCGUCUCCCUGAGAAGACCCUGCAACUUGCCAAGAUCAGCAAAGUUCUAAUGGCUCUUGAGCAAGGAAGAUUAGCUGAGUUCCAUGGCAAGAACUUGGAUGAAAUUGGGAUAGCUCCUGAUG